AAUCUUUCCUGCAGGUAGUAGAAAUGGCAAUGAAGAAGCAAGCAGUGCUCAUUGCUCUCACAUGGCUGCUGGUGCUAGCCACCAUUGUCAUAUCUGCUCACGCCACUGCUGAUGCUGCUGCUGGUACUGUUAAACAACCCGACGCUUUCAAGGACCCGAAUGUUGCUCAACCCAUGGCUGGUUGUCGCUGCUGCACUUGGUUCAGGAAUCAGUAUGGAAAUCUCCAAUGUGGGUAUGUUUGUUGUACCGAUGGUUGUUGCUAAGCACUACUUGGUCAAGCAAUCAUAAUCAAGAUCAGAACUCUCGCAAUAAUGUUAAGAAUCAUGCCGUGAACGAAUGUAUCAGAGGGCUUCCUAUGAACCUCUCCAAUAAAAUUAAGUUUCUGCAUUUCAGUUUCUGUUAGUAAUAAUUUCAGUUUCCAAACCGUUGUAUCGAAAUCUGCAUAAUGCAGAUUCCUUGCAUCUGCUG